CCAUAGUGAGUCGGCCCGAACCUUCUAUAAAUUGACCCCACACUGUUACGGCUUCCCUUCACAGCUUAUUUCUCCAGCGCUAUCGUUCUUUCUCUCUCUUAGGGCUACAGAUUUUUAGAUCCGACCUUCGUAAUCCAUCUCCACCAUGUCUACCUCGAAGAUGAUAGUCCUCAAGAGCUCCGACGGCGAGACCUUCGAGGUCGAAGUGAUGGUGGCUGAGCAGUCUCAGACGAUCAAGCACAUGAUUGACGACGACUGCGCCGAUACUGUCAUCCCCCUCCCCAACGUCACCAGCAAGAUUCUCGCGAAGGUCAUUGAGUACUGCAAACGCCAUGUCGAGGCUGGUAAGACAGAGGAUAAGCCUAGCGAGGACGACCUCAAGUCGUUCGAUGCUGAGUUCGUCAAAGUUGACCAGGGAACCCUAUUCGAUCUCAUAUUGGCUGCCAAUUACCUCAACAUAAAGAGCUUGCUUGAUCUCACCUGUCAAACUGUUGCUGACAUGAUCAAGGGAAAGACACCAGAGGAGAUCCGCAAAACAUUUAACAUCAAGAAUGACUUCACACCAGAGGAAGAAGAGGAGGUCAGAAGGGAGAAUGCUUGGGCAUUUGAGUGAACAUCAAGUCACCCUGUUUACUUGUUGCUUUAAUCGUGUUUUGCUGCUAUAUAUCCCCUAGUAGAUUCUCCAAGGGAAACUCUUUUAUGUGGUAGUAGUAAAUAUGACUGCUCUAGUACUCUAUUUUGCUAUGGGCUCAGAACGUGUGGUAUUCGGCUCUCUCUGUCAAGAGAGUAGUUUGAAUCUUUGUUAUCCCUUAUCAUCCUAUUGUUCCUAUCGUUUUAAUUUUAUGAAAUUGCCCUAUUUUUCAAUGCUAUUCAUUUACUGCCAGCUUUCAGUAUCUUCUUCUCUACUAGUUGAGCACAAUUAACCUAACUAGUGCAUUACUGCAUUCAAGAAAG